AUGUGGUUGCAAAGGAUGCUCAUUUACGAGAGCGUACAUCAGAAGACAGCCAAUGUAGUGCAAUACAUUGCUACCUACCGCAGUGAAGACGUGCAAUGUCUACAGCAGGCUUGGCGUACUGUAAUUACGGCAGAGCCCAUCUUCCAUACUGAGCUCGACAUCGAUACACAAACACAGCGCAUUGUCGAAAAAGCAAUAGUUUUGUGGAGAGAACAUCAAGUCAAGUCGAUGCGCGAGGUUGAGCAAAGAACCAGGGAAGCGGCGGUAGCUGCUGGGUUAGGGACCUCUUUUGCAAUUCUGCACUGCCAUGGUACUUGUCUCCCUCGAAAUCAAAGCGUUGUAAUAUUAUCCAUCCACCACGCGUUGGUGGAUGGAUUCUCCGCCUCAUUGAUUUUGAAUAAGGUUUCAAAAGCCGCAAGAGGAAUUCCUUUCGACCCAUCACCUCCUAUCACUCUUGCUGUCGACAAAAUUCGCCGACAUGCAGUUUCAACAUCAGCUGAGGCAAGCAUGUUUUGGACGCAACAAGAUGAAGAUUUUGGCGACGCGAUAGGCGAUAUGCUGCUCCCCAAACCAAAACCAGUUCUACCCGAAAGGACUGCAGAGUAUAUCCUCCAGACGGAACUGGAUGUUGCAUCUUUAGCCAAGCUCAGUACUGCUGGGAAAUCAACGGCUGCGACAUUUCACUAUGCAGCUUGGGCGCUGGUCUUAUCCAGUUAUACCAAUGCUACAACAGUUCUCUUUGGAGCUGUGCUUUCUGCUCGGACUUUGGGGUUUGAAGGCGCUGACAGCAUCAUCGGCCCGCUUAUAGCCACACAGCCGCUACGCAUGGGAAUCGACAGAACUCUGCCCAAUCAUGCAUUCCUGGAGCAGACAUACAAGGCAGUGCAGUCUCUUUCCAGAUUUCAGACAUUUGAGCGCAAGGGAGAUCCGUUGCGAUUCGCGUCUGCGCUUGCCAUGCAAUACGAUUCUCCCACUCUUCAGUCAGGGGGAAUAGAACCAGUUCAGCCACCUGUCGUUGCAGAGACUCCAGCACUUCCACUCACUGUCCUUGUUGAAGGCGAUGGACGGGUGCGAUUUGUAUACCGUUGCAACAGUUUCACCGAAGAGCAUGUACGUCAGAUGGCGAAUGUGUAUCAAAACGUGUUACAUGCUUUGACGCAACCAGACCUCGCUGUCGAAGACUGCUUGAGAAGACGCCUCGAUGCAGAAACAAGACACAUGCUGCUGUCCAGAGGCAAUUGGAACUCGUCUCUUUCACGAAUCCGUGCAACAGGGCCGACAGUAACGAGUUGCAUUGAAGACGCUGCGCAGGCAAAUGCUGAGCGCAUCGCCGUGAAGAAGGGUGGUAUCCAGUUGACGUACGCGGAGCUGAUGAUGAAGUCGGGACGAGUAGCAGCGUUUAUGGAGCAACUGAUGCAACCAGGCGACGUUGUGUGCGUUGUUGCAGAUCGUUCCAUCAAUUGGAUCGUGGGUAUAUGCGCUGCCCUCAAAGCUGGUGGCGUCUAUUGUCCCCUCGAUUCGUCCCAUACGGUUGAAUAUCGCGACGAGCUGCUGAAGAGUAGCGGCGCCACAUUGUUGCUUUGUACUCAGAGGUCGCAACUAGUCCAUGCGCUGAUGCCACAGAGCGUCACUGCACUUGCCAUCGACGAUCUUUUGGCGGAUGAAUUGCUAAAUGACAUUCACGUGCUAACCAGGUGGCCGAGUUCUGGCGAUGCUGCAUUCCUGUGCUUUACCUCCGGAUCUACUGGCAAACCUAAAGGAGUCGCAUGCGUCCAUGGCGCCGUCACUGCGUUUCACGCCGACUUGGACGUACGCCUUAACAGCGCCCCAGGCGUCCGCAUUGCCCAGUUUCUGUCUCCCGGCUUUGAUGGAUGUGUUCACGAAAUAUUUGCGACCCUUAGCCAUGGCGCUACGCUGGUGCUAAGAACUGAGCAAGACGACCCCUUCUCACACCUCAUUGAUGUCGAUGUUGCUAUGAUGACGCCAUCAGUCGCUGCCGGUCUCGAUCCAAGCGAAUUCCCUAACUUAAAAUUUGUGUACUUUGCAGGCGAGCCUGUGCAGCAACCGACCCUGGACAAAUGGGCUGCAGGCCGGACUCUAUUCAAUCUUUAUGGACCAACGGAGGGCACUAUCGGGUCAUGUCAGCAAAGGCUGCGAGUCAGUGUGCCUGUCAAUGUUGGACCUCCGGUACCGUCCACGCGCCUGUACAUUCUCGAUGAUGACAUGAAUCUCUCACCUCCACACGUCAUCGGUAACGUCUUCAUUGCAGGCGUACAAGUCAGUCGAGGAUAUAUCAACUCUGAACUCGCUGAGCAGAACACCCGCGACUUCUUACCUGAUCCCUUCUGCCCAUCCCCUUCUGAAGGUGAACGCAUGUACCGCACUGGUGAUCUUGGCUUCUGGGAUUCAUCGGGAAAUGUCCACUUGUGUGGACGAAAGGACAGACAGAUCAAGAUGCGUGGUUUCCGUAUAAACCUUGAUGAUGUUGGCACUGUUGCUUUGCGCGAGAUGCCAACCAUACGCAAGGCCAUUGCCACAGAACACAAAGGGAAGCUCGUCUUAUGGGUGGAGCCAGAAGUUGUCGACACUCAACAUCUGGCUCAUCGACUGCGUUCCGUUCUUCCCCAUCAUGCCCAACCCAAACACAUCAUCGCCAAGGCGCAACUGCCACUGUCGAAAAACGGGAAACUGGAUGCCAAGGCGCUGGCGCAGCAGAAUUCUGUCCUCGAGAUGCCAUGCGCCGUCAUAGACCCAGAGCAGGGCUUGUCUCGCAUCGAAAGUCUGGUUGCGCACGAGUGGCGAGCCUUGCUAGGCAUUGAUGCAUUGACCAGAUUGAGUGCAAAAGACAGCUUCACUGCAUUAGGUGGUCACUCAGUGCUACAGUUGGACCUGGCUACCCGCUUACGCAGUAUGUUGGAUAUACCCCUCGCCAUCAAGGACAUUAUUCAAGCCCCCACACUUGGUGACAUGGCGGCUAUUAUCCAAGCGCGUAUGAACCGGUGGGAUGCGCAAUCGGACGAGAAACGUGCUAUUCGUCCUCUAGGUGCCCAUGCGUUGUCACCGGCGGAGUUAGAGUGGUGGCACAGAUAUCACGAAUCGAAAAACCAAAGUGCUUUCAAUGUCCCUUGGCUCGCUAAUCUGGGCUCUGAGGUUGACUUGAUUCGCCUUGAGAACGCACUCAAUGCCGUCAUAUCCCGACAUUGUAUCCUGAGGUCGCGCUUUAUGCCAGGCAAAGAUGGCAAUCCAACUCGUGUCAUCCGAGAUGAUCCUAUCAAAGCUCAGAUGGUUGAUGCUCUCGAUACGCACGAAUUCGUUAAUCGCCCUUUCGACCUCACCAAUGAUGUUUUGGCUCGAUUUACACUGUCUCCUUCGCUGUUGGCCAUCAGUAUUUCUCACAUUAUAUGUGAUCUUACGGCAUUGAAUGUGCUCCUGACGGAAGUAGCGACACUCUACAAUGGCGGAAAACUACCGGCUGUACAACAUGAGUAUUUUGAGUCAACAGCAUGGAGUCAGCCAUUAGACGGCGAAACAGCUUGCUUUUGGUCAACAAACCUUCAAGGUCUUGCAGCUCAGCGUAAGCCUGAAGACGCGUUGUGGCACAAGUCUUACAAUGGCACGUCACUUGUGUUUUCCGUUCCUCAGGACAUAUGCCAAGGAAUUUUGGCUCUCACAACAAACAAUGGUUUCACACUCCACCAAUUUGGCCUUGCUGCCACGGCCACAAUUCUGUAUGGGUUGUGUAAGCGAACCGACAUCGUACUAGGCAGCCCGUACAUGAAUCGCCCCUCAAUGGAAGACCAGAAAACUAUCGGUCUUUAUCUCCAGGCGCUCCCCAUACGCGUGAAGGUAGAUGACGCGGUGACAUCGCUAGAGACACUACACACAGCUCAAUGCGCAUCGCAAGCCUCGCUCUCGCACCCCAUCCUCUGGCCCCAAUUGCUGGAACAUCUUGGUCUGCCUUUCCCAUCGCGCCGCCAGCAACUAUUCGAUUGUGUCGUCACUUUUCACGACGAUCGCAUAACUGAACAAUGCAUCUUUCCUGUUGCUGGAGCAAAGCCGCUUCAUAUUUGGACAGAAGGGUCCAAGUUUGGAAUGCUAUUCGAAUGGCAUAUGUUUGCAGAUCAUCUCUCCGUGAGACUAGAGUAUGACACGGAUCACAUUCCAGAAGCAUUUGUCAAGAUUGUGCAGACUAUGUUGCUAGCGGCGGUCGAGUAUCUGCUCGACCCAGCGUACCGAUAUGCUGAGCUUUUAUACCAGCUAGACGCUUUGCUGUUGCAACAGUGUGCAGAGUUGGAACAGGAUGUUGAUCAUAUCAGAUGCAUAGCGAAGGAGUAUUGCGGUGGGGUGGAAGAAGCAGCAUGCGAUUAAUUUAGGCAAUUAGCCAG